AUGGGACAAGCCCACACCGAUAUCCCUGAGACCUUGAAAGACCAGUUCGAAAGACUAUACACCCUUCGAGGAAUCGACAAUGCACGAAAAACACUGUGGCGAGAACAACACGCAAAUGAGAGCUGCGAUAAUUGUGCCAAACGUGGAUACGAGUGUACCCUCUCCACCGGUACCAGCCCCCUCGGCUGUAGACAAUGCCUCAAAAUGCACAGAACAUGCUCGAAACCGGCACAAGCACGCAAAGCGCUUCUUAUAGAGCACCUGCGAAUUUCUGCCGAGCAGUACGAUGCGUUGCAUGCGUGGUGGUGUAAUAGUAGGAGUCCUAGGAAAAACGCGAAAUCGAGGGCACGUACGUAUACCCAGGAAAAACCAUCGAUGAAAAUGAACGACGAGGACGCGUAUUUUGAUGAUAGUGAGAUGGAUGGAGAAGUUCAAGCGGAGGUUCAUGAUCAGGGUACUGGUAUGAGCUCUGGCCAGACUGUUGUGGCUACCAAGAGGAAAUCGAACGUUGAACCAGUCGCGGAGAGGAGUGGAGCAAAGAGGAUGAAAAUCGACACACCUGGUGUGAAAGAAAACAGCGCACCUCCGACCGAAAAAGCAAAGUCAGCGACCGAAGCAAAGAAAGCCGGCAUACCCGACGUGAAGGAAAACAACGCCCGAGUCGAAACGGACACUCCGCCGUUCCAUGUCGUUCUUCGACAGGUGAAACGCGAGUUGGAGGAAGUGACGACCGAUCUUCGAUUUAGGAGGGCGACGGCGGAGGAAGGCGUGGAUAUGUAUGAUCGGAUUGCGUUGAAACUUGGCCAGUUGAUGGAGCAGUAUCAUCUCACAGAUCAAGAGAAACAUGUAGCACGUUAG